AUGGCGAAGGAGGAGGCAAGGCGCGAACGCAUGUAUUUGCUGGCGGAGCAGAGUGCUGGAUUGAACAGUAGUUUCAGUGGAUCCUCCGUGUCUUGCCGCAGCUCGCAGUUGCCAGACCGCCACCAGCAGCAACAACAACAGCAGAUGUUUAAGCCUCACAUCACGGAGUACGCAAAGCGGCUGCGACGACCGGGAAACGUUGUGGAUCGUUUGCUGGUCGAGGGCUCGUGCAGAAGACGAGCAGAGCAGGGCGAGUCGUGCUCGUUUGCGCCACGCGUAGCCCCAGCAUCGACGGAGAUAUCCAAAAACUUCUAUACUGACCCCAAUGUAUUGGUCCACGAACGCUUGUACCGUAACAAGGUAUCCAAGUCCAGCGAAAUGCGGCGAAAACAACUCAUCAGCGAGGCGGAAGGUGAACUGACAGGCAUCCCCCGCAUUAGCGAGACAUCUCGCAUUAUUAUGGAGCGCAAGCGGGCUGAAGAGACAGAGUUGCAACAGAGCCCGGCGGGGCGGCUUCAUUACAUUGGUGGCGUGGCGACCCAGAAUGGCAAGGAGAAGCCCCAGUCUCGUGGAGCGAAGGAAAAUAAUGAGGAGGAGGGGUGUACAUUCCAGCCACGCAUCAAUACAGUGUCAGAGAGGAUGUGGCGGCGCCAGUUGCAGCUGUUGCAGGAGGACGGGUAUGCGCGGACGGCCGCGGAGGCGAGGGAACUCCUCUGGCGUCGCUCACAAAAGCGCAUGGAAACAGAGAUACAACGGCGGCGUGAGUUGGAGGCCACAAAGGAGAUGACGGAAUGCACGUUUCGGCCCAGAGUGGGGCGCUCUCCAGAGCGCCACAUUGAACGCGGGCUGUCGGUGUCGGAGCGUAACGAGCGGUGGCGGCAGCAACGCGAGCGUCGGCUGCGCCAAGUCAAGCAGGAGCUCGAGCGCACGCAGCUGUCUGAGUGCUCCUUUCACCCCACUGUCGACCCGCUGUUCCCGCUGCCCGUACAAGACGCGGCGCCGGUCUCCGGCUACGAGGCGCACGUCCUCCGACAGGAGAAGUCGCGCCGGCGCAAGCACGAGGCGGAGGAGUGGUGGCGGCCGAAGAAGCGGGUGGAAAACCGCAAUGCGCUUGGCAAGGCGCUGAGCUCCUCUUCUCCACACCAGCGGUGGCAACAACAAGAAGAGAAAGAGCGGCAGUAUUGGGACGGCUCCCGUUCGCUUUCCUCACCCCUCAGCCGUGAGGCAUCCUCUUCGGAUGUGGAAUCGACGCAGUUUGUUGUGUAUCAGGCCCCGUCGUGUGUCAGCUCAGUGCCACCGCGCUCCUCGUCGCUGACGCCGCAGCACAGCGGUGUCGGUGCGAUGGUGCAGAGCGUCAAGCCAAGCCCCGUGGAUUUUAUCAUUAAUCACCACCGUGCGAUUGUGGAGUCUGCGCGGCGGCGCUGA